CCGUGGCUAAAUCGCGUGCAUGAUCACUCUCAGGUUUCUUUCCUGUUCCCUGUAGUAAAUGUUGUGAGGGAGUGUGCGGUCCAGUUACUUGGUCGCGUUUGUGGUUAUUAAGUUUGACAAUAAAUAUUAAAUCGCAUCGUAUGACACGAAGUUAACAUUUUGCCAACAUGGGUGGGUUGCUCAGCUACUUCCGUAACCUGCUCGGCAGCCGUGAGAUGCGUAUUCUUAUCUUGGGUCUGGACGGGGCUGGGAAGACCACGAUUUUAUACAGGUUACAAGUGGGAGAGGUAGUAACUACAAUUCCCACCAUAGGCUUCAACGUAGAGCAAGUUACUUACAAAAAUUUAAAGUUUCAAGUUUGGGAUCUUGGUGGUCAGACAAGUAUACGACCAUAUUGGAGGUGUUACUACUCAAACACAGAUGCAAUUAUUUAUGUAGUAGACUCAGCAGACAGAGAUAGAAUAGGCAUAUCGAAAGAUGAAUUAAUUUACAUGUUACGAGAAGAAGAAUUACAAGGUGCCAUUUUGGUGGUACUGGCAAACAAACAGGAUAUGACAGGAUGUCUCAGUGUUGCAGAGGUUCAUCAAGCACUUGGAUUAGAUGCUCUCAAAAAUAGAACCUUCCAAAUAUUUAAGACUUCUGCGACAAAAGGCGAAGGACUUGAUCAAGCGAUGGACUGGUUAUCAAAUGCACUGCAAAGUAGAAAAUGAUCUAUAUUAUAUGAAAAUUAUUCUUGUUUGAGCCUUACAAAGGGACUAGUUAUACGACUGUCACUUUGAAUUUGCCGCCGGCGACAUUGUGUUGCCGAUAGCACAUUUCUGUUUAUAUAUUUAUUAUAAUUAUUAUAUUAUAAACAUCUUUUUUGUGCAGUCUACAGUGAAAGUAUUUGAGGAGAGUCAUAACCUUUUCAUAACGCAGAACAUACAUGAUGCUAAGAGAAUCAUAUAUAUGUUUAAUCGUUUCUAUACGAUUUCAAGACUAAAAGUAUAAUAAACUUAGAGAAUUCUUUCAACACAGAUUUUUUCAUUAAUAGGUAUAUUUUAUAUAAUUGAUUACAUGUGAGCAAUAGUUACCGUUACUUCAUUGAAUUUUAUCACAUAAUCUUGGUUGAACAAGUUAUGUCGCUAUUUAAUCUUGAUGGUAUUUAAACUUAAUAUAAAGUUAUGGUAUAAAUCACUUAUAAUAAGUACACACGUAUCAACAAAUACGCAAUUACCAAAUGAGUAAGAUAGGAACAAAUAUUUUAAAAAAAUUCGAGUUUGAAAAAUCGAAAAUGUUUUAGAUCAUAUCUGUACGAAACAUACCACCAUCAUAAAAGAGUGGUACUUACCAUCUCAAAUUUUCAAGUACUUUUUCGUACGAUAAUAUUAAUAAAUUUAAUAUAAAUCGAACUCAAUAUGCAGAUGGGACACAAACACAACAUCAUGCUAGCAUUUAUAAAGAUUGUUAAGCAACAUAAAUAAAAUAAAGUUAAUGAAGUCGCGUCGAUAUUGCAAAAUAAGAGAUACCAUUUUUCAAGUAUUUAGUAUAAGUUUCAUUUUUCGAAAAUCAUACUAAGCCUAUUUAAUUCAAAUAAUUAUUUUUUAUAGUUUUAACACUUAAUUAUGCCAAAUGGUAGAUCAUUGAUCUGUAACAGAGAGAAGGAAAAGAUAAGAGAGAAUUUCUAAUACAUACUUUUAACAAUUUUUCUAUGUACGCAUAUGUAGUGAUAUCUUUUACAUACAAAAAAUGAACCUACCUAGCGUGCAAGAUGCGAUCAUUCUCUUCGCUACCAUUCCGGAACGCCGAACCUUUGAAUACGUUUGAGUUUUGCUGUCAUGUCCAUUCGAGAUUUCACCCUCAUGUAGAAUAUCGGACAGUCACGACUGAAAUCAUACAUUUGAAAGUAAAAAUGAGUAUUUUUUAACGUAUAUAUCAUUGGUAUUUGUCGUUCUCAUACGUGUAAAUGUAAUUUUAUAUAUAUAUAAGUGCUCAAAUCUGUGUAUAAGAAUAUAUCCUUCUUUUGAAAAGUGUG